AUGAGAUGGGAGAGCCAGAUCGUUGACCAUGAGGAACGUCCCUUCCAGAGGGAGAAGACCCUCCUCCUGAGCAAGCUCUACUGGACGGCCCCACCUCCAAGUCAACGACCAGGGGGCGCUUAG